AUGGACACAGCAAUGAAAAUCAUUCUUUUCAGUAUUAUAUUACAAGGUGUUUGGUGUAAGGGGUUCAACAUCAGUCUCCCAGAGAAGAUUGAAGCUCUGAAUGGAUGUAGUGUGAUUAUUAAGUGUGCAUUUGACAUUGAAGAAAAAUAUGACCAAGACCUCUCUGAGACUGCAACAGGAGUGUGGUAUAAAAAUGACACUCUGCAAAAGCAUGUAGUGUUUAACUCCAGCAGCAUUAAUCACUCAAUUAAAGCGAAUAUUACUGGAAAAUUAAAAGCCAAGGACUGCACCACUGUCUUUUAUAAUGUAGAUUCAAGUCACAUUGGCAAAUAUUUCUUCAGGCUUGAGGGUAAUGGUGGACUGAAAUGGACCUACACAAAAACCUCAGUUUCAGUAGAUGUUAUCAACUCUCCUCAUAACCCCACAGUGAAGUUGUAUGUGGAUGAGAAGGAGGCGCAGAGUCAGCAGGAGGUGUUGGAGGGGAGCUCUGUGUGUCUGUCCUGCUCUGCUGAGACUCUCUGUUCCUCUCCUCCAGCAACUCUCACAUGGAGCUCCACUUCCAGACAUCCACCCUUCAGUCUACAGGAGAAGCAGAAUCAAAAUAAACUCAUCUCUCAUCUCAACUUCACUGCUACUCCCCUUCAACACACAGCCACUUUCACCUGCACUGUCACCUACCAGCUACAGAACAACAACAAAACAGCACACAGCAACCUCACAUUACAUGUUACAUAUGCCCCUAAAAUCUCUCUCUCGUCCAGCUGUAACAGAACUGAUGUAACCGUGUGUUUGUGUGAGGUUGAUGGGAAUCCCUCUCCUAAACUGGAGUGGCAUCUGUCUGGACGUCCUGUCACUAACUCUACAAUCAUGUCCAUCAGUGAAGAACGAUUGAGCAGCACAGUUUUGAGGAGCUUCAUCACUCUACAUCACUCACUCACACACACAUCCACUGUGCAGUGUGUCACCACAAACACUCAUGGCAAUGACAAACAUCUGUUCCAAUGGCUUCUCUAUGCUCAAGAGUCAACAGGCAUCAAUAUUUUGUCUGUGCUGAUUGGAGCUGCUGUUGGGGUUUUAGUGGUCAUGGUCGGGUGUGGCAUUACAUAUAUCUAUGCACGAAGGGGGAAAAGAAAACCUUCACAAACUAGAGGAGAAGGUACUUCGCAAGUUAUUUCGACUGAUGAAGCUGGUUCACAGGAGGACGAAGAGUCUAUUUAUGUCAAUAAACUUACACUUGUUGGAGCCGCCACCUUGAAUCAUCCAGAAUCUCUCCAUAAUUCCUCCACUGACUUUAUCAACACCAGCCAGGCUUCAUGUGAUAUCGGGUGCGUCUCCUCACUUACUGCUGACUAUGCUGCAGUCCUUCAUCCUAAAGGAGUGAAAAAGAGCUCUAUGGGAGGUGAUAAGGUAGAUCCCCAGAGAGAUCAAUACAUACUACAGAGGGACAUAAAUACAAGUGGAGUGCCAUUGCAGGCAAAAUAAGUGUUUUCAGGAGCAAGACAAGCACAGAUGGUUACGAAUACAAGAGAAGUAAAGUCAAAGCAAUCAGAUGAAGAGUUGAUCACAA